CUGUCACAAUGUCUGAAGAUCGACCAGAAGAUUCGGACCUAUACAGGUUAGAAGGUGAAAAUAAUCAAGCUGGUGGGUUGAUAAUUAGAAAGAAGGUAUCGGAUCAUACCUUUAAGAAACCGCAAGCCUCUAUCCUAGGAUUAGACAAGUUGGCUGAACGCAAGCGUCGAGAAAAUUCUCAAGAACCGACUAACGUACAGUCUAGUCCUAGCACCAGCAGCUCUCCAGAUCAUAACUCGGAUUAUAAAGAGAGGAAGUAUCGACUGCAUGAAGAAGAGACACCAACUCAUACUGGUGGGGUUAAUUCAGAAGCUCGGCAAAGAUUUGAGGUUCGAUUGAGCCGUCAAAGAUUAGAUGCACAAGAUAAAUUAUACAGAGAAAAACGCCGACAUGACAGAGAAAAAGAGAGGGAUCGAAGUCGCAGCCGAGACAGCAUCAGGCAAUCACCGCUGCGAUUUAAAGAUGAGCCACAAACUCCAAAGUUUAGAUCAAAGGACUCAACCUCUCGGAGUAAUUGGGAUGAUGAUGAAGAUUUUGAACCCAGAAAGUCAACUUGGGAUCAUCCUACUCCAAAAUUAUAUGGAUCUAAAGAUCCAAAGGACAGCAUCAGAAGUGAAUGGACACCUUCUUAUAAGUACAACUCUUGGAAUAAAGAACGCAAGGCAUCUGGAGCCACUCCCAUGACUGAUGGGGAAGAAAGAGAGUUAUGGGAAGAAGAACAAAAAAGACUAGAUCGAGAGUGGUAUGCUUUGGACGAUGGAGAAAAUCGUCCGUUUGCUGACGUAUCUGAGGAGUAUGCACAGAAAAAGGAGAUGGAGAUGGAGGCUAAACGUGAGAGACGAGUAUCAGCUCAACAGCGACAAAUAAACAAGGAUAACGAGCUGUGGGAGCGAAACAGGAUGUUGACUUCAGGUGUAGUUAGCUCUCUGGAACAUGAUGAUGAUCCUGAUGAUGAGGGCGAAGCUAGAGUUCAUCUUUUGGUCCACAACGUUGUCCCACCUUUUCUAGAUGGUCGCAUCGUAUUCACGAAGCAGCCCGAGCCAGUAGUACCAGUUCGAGAUCCGAGUUCAGACAUGGCUGUGGUUGCUCGAAAAGGGUCAGCAUUAGUUCGAGCUUAUCGAGAACAAAAAGAGCGACGGAGAGCACAACGUAAGCAUUGGGAAUUGGCUGGCACAGCUAUUGGAAAUAUAAUGGGCGUCCCUGGAGCUGAUGGAAAGGCAGGCGCCGACGGAGAUCGAGAAGGUCAGGAUACUGACUUCAAGGCUGGGCAGAAGUAUGCUCGUCACAUCAACACGGGUGAAAGCUCGGGCGAGUUCAGGCACAAAACAAUCCAAAAUCAACGACGAAGUCUUCCAGUUUUUGCCGUCAGACAAGAACUACUGAAUGUUAUCAGGGAAAAUAGCGUUGUUGUAAUUGUGGGAGAAACUGGUAGUGGCAAAACAACUCAGCUGACACAGUACCUGCAUGAGGAUGGGUACAGUUGUUACGGAAUAAUAGGUUGUACUCAACCUCGUAGAGUAGCGGCAAUGUCAGUUGCCAAAAGGGUAUCUGAUGAAAUGGCUACGCCGCUAGGAGAGAAAGUGGGAUACGCAAUUCGUUUUGAAGAUUGUACUUCAAAAGAGACAGUCAUCAAAUAUAUGACUGAUGGAAUUCUUUUACGAGAGAGCUUACGUGAAGGAGAUUUGGAUAGAUACAGUGUCAUUAUUAUGGAUGAGGCUCAUGAACGGUCUUUAUCGACCGACGUACUAUUUGGGCUGCUUAGAGAGGUAGUUGCACGUCGUCACGAUCUGAAGCUGAUAGUAACGUCUGCAACUAUGGACUCUACUAAAUUCUCUGCAUUCUUUGGUAAUGCGGCAACAUUCGCCAUUCCGGGACGAACUUUCCCCGUUGAAAUAAUUCACGCUAAAAACUCCGUCGAAGAUUAUGUGGAUGCAGCUGUCAAGCAGGUCCUACAGAUUCAUCUUCAGCCCCGAAGCGGUGAUGUUUUAGUAUUCAUGCCUGGUCAAGAGGACAUUGAAGUAACAUGCGAAGCACUGAAGGAAAGGCUUGGCGAAAUCGAUUCUGCACCUCCUCUGUCCAUUCUCCCUAUCUAUUCGCAACUUCCCUCUGACUUACAAGCCAAAAUUUUCCAACGUGCAGAAGGUGGAUUCCGCAAGUGUGUCGUGGCAACUAACAUUGCAGAAACAUCUCUUACGGUAGACGGCAUUGUCUUUGUGGUAGACUCAGGCUAUUGCAAACUAAAAGUCUACAAUCCAAGGAUAGGUAUGGAUGCGCUCCAGGUAUAUCCUGUGUCUAGAGCAAACGCUGAUCAGAGAGCAGGGCGAGCCGGACGUACUGGUCCUGGUCAUUGUUAUCGGCUUUAUACACGCCGACAAUACAUGGACGAGCUACUGUUCACUGGAGUGCCAGAAAUUCAGCGAACUAAUUUAGCCAACACCGUCCUUCUGCUCAAAUCACUUGGAGUCCAAGACUUGCUUGCCUUUCACUUCAUGGAUCCUCCACCCCAAGACAAUAUACUCAAUUCUUUAUAUCAGUUAUGGAUCCUGGGUGCCUUGGACCAUACAGGGCGCUUGACUCCCCUUGGGCGUCAAAUGGCAGAAUUUCCCCUUGAUCCUCCACAGUGUCAGAUGCUCAUCGUUGCCUCGCAACUUGGCUGCACUGCUGACAUUCUGAUAAUAGUAUCAAUGCUGUCGGUGCCAUCAAUCUUCUACCGACCUAAAGGGCGAGAAGAGGAUUCAGAUUCUGCUAGAGAAAAGUUCCAAGUCCCAGAAUCUGAUCAUUUGACAUUCCUGAAUGUAUACAAUCAAUGGAAGUCAAAUGGAUAUUCUACUUCGUGGUGUAACGACCAUUUCAUACACGGUAAAGCAAUGCGUAAAGUUAGAGAGGUCCGACAACAACUUGAGGAGAUCCUGAAACAGCAGAAAAUAGAGGUCGUAAGCUGCGGCACUGACUGGGAUGUGGUACGAAAAUGUAUUUGUUCGGCAUAUUUUCAUCAAGCUGCACGUCUGAAAGGAAUAGGAGAAUACGUCAACUGCCGUACAGGAAUGCCUUGCCAUCUUCAUCCCACAUCUGCUUUAUUCGGCAUGGGCUUUACUCCUGAUUACGUAGUUUACCAUGAGUUAGUCAUGACUGCCAAGGAAUAUAUGCAAUGUGUCACCGCUGUUGAUGGACACUGGCUUGCAGAACUCGGACCUAUGUUUUUCAGUGUCAAAGAAACUGGACGUAGCGGCAGAGCUAAGCGGCGACAGGCCCUACAGCAUCUACAUGAAAUGGAAGGGCAGAUGAAAGUUGCUGAAGAAGAGAUGCGACUCAGAGCUCAGGAACAGCUUGAAAAGGAACAAGCUUCAGUUCGAAAGAAAGAAAUUUUGACGCCCGGUUCGAGGGAACCAGGAACCCCUGCCAGUUAUCGUAAAACCCCAGGCCGAUUUGGCUUAUGAUUGAUUAUACAGUCUUCAAAACCUAGAUUGUUUUGUACAUAAAAUUGUAUGAUUCAUCUUUCUCGGUUUGAUUUCAUUUUUCCUACAUAUUUAUGUAAUUUGAGGUAGCAAUAAACAGGAUGAUUCUAAAUCAGUAAAA